AUGUCAUCGACUGAUGGUGCAACUAAUAAUAGUGCGAGCAAAGCUGAUGAAUAUAUCAAACUAAGAGUCGUUGGUCAAGAUAAUAGUGAAGUUCAUUUUAAAGUUAAAAUGACAACAUCAAUGGGUAAACUGAAAAAAUCUUAUGCUGAACGUCAAGGAGUCGCUAUUAAUAGUUUGCGAUUUCUCUUUGAUGGUAAACGUAUAAAUGAUGAUGAGACACCAAAAGUUUUAGAAAUGGAAGAUAAUGAUACAAUUGAUGUAUAUCAAGAACAAGUUGGUGGUUGA